AUGGGUUCCGAGCAAUAUCCUCUUCGCCAAUCUGGCAUCUACAGAAAUCUACCAAACUUUGACACAUCUAUCAAGGACUUGACAGCAAUCAUCGUCGGAGCCACUGGGAUUUCCGGCUUCAACACCUUGCGUUGUCUUCUGGACUCGCCACAACGAUGGAAGACCAUCUACGCCCUCUCACGCAAGCCUCCGACUGAGGAGAUGUGGUCGCUCAUGACGCCGGAGCAACAAGCACGAGUCCAGCACGUCCCAAUAGACCUGUCCAAGUCCGCUGACGAAACAUCCACGACUCUCGAACAGGCUGGCGUUCGCAGUGUGGACCAUGUGUUCUUCUAUGGAUACAUUCAUCCAAAGGGCAAGUCUGCCAUGGAUCCUUCCAUGGCUGACGCCCUGAUCGAGACCAAUGUACCCAUCUUUGAAAAGUUCCUCCAGGCACUCGAGAUCAGGAACAUCGCACCAAAGCGCAUCCUUCUCCAGACUGGUGGGAAACACUACGGCGUCCACGUUGGCCGCGCACGAACGCCAUUUAUCGAGUCUGACCCGCGGCCAACUCAUGUGACAAAAAACUUCUACUACCCACAAGAGGACGCUCUUUUGAAAUUUUGCGAACAGCAUCCAACCACCAAGUGGAACGUCAUUCGACCCUUUGGCAUUAUCGGUGCUACAGCGAACUCCGGUAUAAAUUUCUUCCUGCCAUUUGCCAUCUUUGCUGCAGUGCAAGCUGCCAACAAUGAACCGAUCUUUUUUGGUGGAGAUAUCGACGAGUGGCAACAUCAAUACACUCAGUCCAGCGCUAAACUUACUGGAUACCUCUCGGAGUGGGCAGUCCUAGAAGAAACGUGCGCCAACCAAGCUUUCAACUCCCAGGAUGGCAGUGCAAUCAGUUGGGACAGGUUUUGGGAGGAGCUUGCCCGCUGGUACGGCGUCCAGAAAGGAGUCGAGGGCCCGGAGCUGGACGAAGCGAAAUUCAAGAGCAUCGAACUGGCCGGCGGCAAAGAAUCUCCACUCGGAUAUGGGCCGCCACUCGCAAUCAAGCUAUCGCGUACCAUUGUGGACUGGUCGAAGGACCCAAAGAAUCACGCAGCAUGGGAGAAGAUCAUGCAAGCAUCGAAGGGAAAGAUCACGGCGAACCCAUUCGACGAUGCUGGCGGCGACCUGUUUGAGCAGGGCGACUUCCUGUACGCAAACCCACAGCCGUCUAUCGCCAAAACGCGCAGAUUUGGGUUCUGUGGGUUCGUGGAUACCAUGGAGAGUGUGUUUGAGAUGUAUCAGGAGAUGGCUCAAUUGGGUGUGAUACCUCCUCCCCUGGUGGAUGCUGCGAGACCGAUGGUAUAG